GCAGUCACUAGAUCCAAGAUGGCGGCGAGCAGGAGGCUGCACAAGGAACUUGAAGAAAUUCGCAAGUCUGGAAUGAAAAAUUUCCGUAACAUCCAAGUUGAUGAAUCGAACAUUUUGACUUGGCAAGGGCUUAUCGUUCCUGACAACCCCCCAUACGACAAAGGAGCGUUCAGAAUUGAAAUCAUCUUCCCUGCUGAGUAUCCUUUCAAGCCCCCCAAGAUCACAUUCAAAACGAAGAUCUACCAUCCCAACAUCGAUGAGAAGGGCCAGGUGUGCCUGCCAGUCAUCAGUGCAGAGAACUGGAAGCCAGCUACCAAAACUGACCAAGUUAUCCAGUCCCUCAUCGCCCUUGUGAACGACCCCCAGCCGGAGCAUCCUCUGAGGGCUGACUUAGCAGAGGAAUACUCAAAGGACCGUAAAAAAUUCUUUAAGAACGCAGAAGAGUUUACAAAGAAACAUGGUGAAAAGCGACCAGUGGACUAAUGCUUGACAAGUGUGUACCCCCUUCCCAUCCCAGCCCCCCUCCUCUCCUCCCCGUCUCUCCCCAUCUUCUCUCUUCUCCC